AUGGCGGAGUCCUCCGCAAACUCGCUCGCCCCGACCUCGGCUGCUCCUUCGAACGAGCCCUCGAGGGCGUCCACGCCCGCGAAUGCGGCCGUUGAGAAGGCGCCAGAUGAGGGCAGCAAGCUCAAGACCUUUUUGGGCGUGCUGAGGAGGUUUAUCGGCGUGUCUGAUCUUGCCGCCGUGCGCUUUUCUCUCCCGGCGCAGCUUCUGGAGCCCACGCCGAAUCUCGAGUACUGGAAUUAUCUGGACAGGCCGGAGACGUUUAUAAGUAUCGGAGACUCGGACGAACCACUCGGGCGCAUGCUGGGAACCCUUCGUUUCUGGUUUACAAAGGACUUGAAAUACGUCAAGGGCAAGCCUUGCAAGCCGUACAACUCUACUCUCGGCGAGUUCUUUAGGUGUACGUGGGAUGUUGAAGAUACGCAGCCGCAACUGAGACAUUCGCCCAACUCAACCACCUCGAGCAGCGCCAGCAGUGUCGCCGGCGAUAAGCGCGUCAAGCUUUCCUACCUUACCGAACAGACCUCGCACCACCCUCCCGUCUCCGCCUUUUACAUCGACUGCCCUGAGAAGGGUAUCUCUGCGCGAGGCUUUGACCAGCUCAGCGCCAAGUUUACUGGUACCAACAUCCGCGUUGUUGCUGGAGCUCACAAUCUGGGUAUCUUUAUUACAUUAGCAAGCCGGGAUAACGAGGAGUACCAGCUGACGCACCCGGCGGCGUAUCUGGGUGGUCUGCUGCGAGGCUCUCUCAGCGUAUCGGUCGCCGACUCCUGCUUCGUCACUUGCACCAAGUCCAAGCUAAAGGUCAUACUGGAGUACCAAGAGGAAGGAUGGCUCGGACGGACUCAGAACAAGGUUGUCGGUGUCAUCUUCAAAUACGACCCGAGCAACGACAACAAGACAAAGGUCAAGGACGUGUCUGACAAGGAUGUGCUUGUGAGGAUAGAAGGAUGCUGGCAGCAAAAGGUGUACUACACACUUGGAAGCCAGCCUUUUGCCAAGACCCCCGAGAAAGACAGGAACCUCCUCAUCGACCUCGACCCGCUCUUCGUCGUUCCGAAGAACAUCCCACCCAUCGAAGAACAACUCCCCAACGAAUCCCGCAAGUUCUGGGAAGGCGUCACCACCGCCAUCGUCAACAAGCAGUACUCGCUCGCCACGACGCUCAAGCAAGAGAUCGAAGACAAGCAGCGGAAGAAGGCCGCCGAGCGGAAAGAAACGGGCAAGGAGUGGCAGCCGCGUUUUUUCACGGGGUCCGUCACUCCGGUCGGCAGACCCGACCUCACUCCCGACGGCGAGGAGGCACUCAAGCGUCUGCACGAAGACAAAUAUGCGCUCGAGCCGAACAAGGAAUACGCUGCGUUUUGA